AUGGACGCCGAAGCCACGCCCACACGUAUUGGAAUCGUCUCGUUGAAUUUGCGGCAGAACAGACACACACACUGUGCUGCGUUCGGACUGGUCGCCUCGGCUCUCCUAUUCCGACUUUCCUUCCCCCUUCCCCCCUUAGGAUUCUGGAGGCUCUUAGUCAGUCUUAGGUCUACUUAGGAUCCUUUUGAAGAAGCUUUGAAAUCUUAAAAGCUUCAUAAGGUAUCUAAAAUGGCUUAGAAAGCUGAUAAAUGUUUUUGGAUUGGCUCCGUAGUGCUCUGGAGGUUCAUGAUUAGAGACAAAACUUCAGAAAUUUGAUCAAUUCCUUAAAAAAUAUAAUUAAAGGCACAAAGAAGCUUCAUGAUGUAUUUAGAACUGUUUGAAAGGACUGAUGAAGUUUUUGAAACGUUUUCUAAUUUUGAAUUGAUCUUGAACUUUUGAAAUUUUGUAGGGUUCCCAAGAAUUUCAAGUAUUUGUGAAGUUUUUUGGUGCAGAGUAGCGAUAAAAUUCUUCUUUUUCAAUAUAUUGAUUCAUUGAAACAGACUUUAGUGACCCCUAGGAGUCCGAGAAAGUUUUCAGAUUGAAUUUUUUUCAUUUUUUUGGAAGUUUUUCGGAAAUUCAAAAACUGUUUUUCGUUUCUUGAGCGCUCAUUGAGCUUUUUUUGAUGCUUUCCAGAAAAGAAAAAAAUUUAUUUCAAAAAUUUCAGAAAGCUUUUUAAAGUUUUUUUAGAAGCCUGAGAACGAUUUUGGAUUGUUUUCUAAGGUUUUGAAAUCCUUAAAAAGUUUUUUGAGUCACCAGAAAAAACGAAAUUUUUUUUUCGAAAAUUAGAAAAGCAUGUUAUCACACGAAAAAUUUGGCAAAAAUUUCGAAAAUUCUGCGAGUUUCUAGAAGCCUUCGAAUAGUGCUCAAAAUGCUGAUUUUUCAUUAUAUUCCGUAUUCGGAAGCCUGUGAAAAAAGUUAUGAUAUCUGAGGUUGAAAAAAAAAAAUCAAGGUAUCUACCAGUGAGCUCAUUUUGGAUGGUAGAUAUAGCUAGUAAAAAAAUUGAGCUGAAUUUUUGAAUGUGCUCCUAUCUUAAAAGAGUACCAGAGAUCUCUGAACUGUGGCGCCUCAAGGCGCGCUCUAGUUCUUCUCAGCCGCAUUCUGUUUCUUCACUCUCUGAUUGCGAGAGAACGACAAAAUAACAUGCGGCAGAGAAAUAUGUGGAAGGGCCUUUAGGCAUCCCAGUUUAGAGAGGAGCCUUCUGAUAAGUCUUAACUGGAUCAAUCUAGCUCCUUUUUCAACUUCGAGUUGUCAUGGCUUUUCUCAUAGACCUUUUUGGUAGUUUUCAACAUGCUUGUGCGCCAAGCGGGUCUUUCCCGGAACUUAUUUUUCGCCAAAAAGCCCCCAAGCCAAGCUUCAAAAAUGAUUUCUAUUCUAAUCUAAUAGAAAUUUUCACCAUAAAAUUCUUCACUUAAUUCAUAGCUUCUGUUAUGGCCGGGGCACCAAUAGGCUAUCGGGCCAGCCCGGUUUUUGAGCAAAAGUUCGUAAUCAGCGUAAAAAAUGCUUUUAGAUGAUUUAGUGAUUUUAGAAGAGUUAUAAGAGUUCAUAGUGAAUUUCCUAGUUGGAAUCGCCUCCAGACCUAUAUGUUCUUUCCGGCUCCGAAAAAAACUCUGACAAAUAUUCAACAUCGAUUCUUUUCCGUUCCGAAUCGAAUCGACAUGAUUGGCUCCACCCAUUUCGAUUGUUUGGCCACGCCCCCUUUCCGCCAUCGCCGCCGCCGCCGACGUCCGUUGGAAGUUUGGGUCUCGCAAUUGUUCUUGCCAGAUCUAAUAUUUUCAACGGACGUCGUCUGGCCCUGAUUCUUUCUUUUUCUUGAUUCCUUUCGAAAAUUUGUUGCUGCAAGCCUGAUUUUGUGAUUACUUGAGCCUAUAUUUUUGGAAAUCACUUUUUUGAACUUUCUUUUAGAUGGUUAUCAUCUAAAAAAUUGAAUUUUUGGGUUUAUCAGUUCAUUUUCUGAGUUAGAAUAGUAUGAUAGUUCACCUCCUACAGAUAAGAAAAAAUUCAAGGGCUUUGAAAAUUUUUUGACCUGUCAGAUUUUUCAUAUUUUAGAUCAAAACUUGUACAGAAAAUCCUUUGAUUCUCUCAAAAUCAUGACCAAAUCGUAGCCCCAUCCCCCUCCAAUUUACGAUCACUUUGAAAAUAAAUAAAGGCUCCUAUAUUGAUUGCAAAACGUUUAUCAGUGGCUAGCAGAAGCAGCAUUGGAUUUUUAUCAAUACCACUCAUUGGGUGCUACGGGAAACGUACUCUUUUUCCCUCUUUUUUCCCAUCUAUCUAAGGCCCAUCGGGCUGAGGCUCAAGUGCUAAUCUCACCGCCACGGUGUUGCUGGUGAGAUUCUCAUUUUUGCCUCGAACCGAGCUUGGCCGAGUUUUUUUUGUGUUUUUUUAUGGUUUUUCAGGUGCAAUGGGACUAAAAUUGUUCCUUUAGAAUUGUGAUGAAUUUUCGAUUUUUUCCGAAUAAAAAGGGCAAAAAUCCGUUGUGAAAUCGAAUCUGUAACCAUUGUUCUUGUGGUUUGAAGUAAACCGGUUAGACGAAGAUUUUUUCGAAUUUUUGAAAUCUGAUGGGUUUGAAGAGGAAAUUGGGACCUUAAAGACGUUUCUGAAAAGUUGAAGCGUACAAGCUGACGAAAAAAAGGUCCUGAAACGAUUGAUUGAAGAGAUAGUGCCUGGUUAGUGGAGAGUGCAGACAGGUUGCACAUUUUCGGGUCCCAAACUGUCUGGGGAUCGACUAUAAAUACUUCUUUUAAUGGAUAAAGAUAAUUAGACAAUGAAUAUAGUGCUUAUAAGAGGUUUUUCCCUGAUGUAAAUCUCACUGGAAGACCCGAGAAUUUGAAAAAAGUUUCAAGAAUUUUUCAAACUUUGUUAGAAGGACACGCAAUGAAAAUAUGGGGGUUUUUUAGCUCAGUAAAACUUUGGACGCCCCGAAAAAUAACCAGAAAAAAGAACAAUAACAGUUUUUCCAGGCGGCACCAGUGACGGAAGACGUGUACCUGGCGUCGGUCCUCUACACCGUCGACCGAUUAAUUCGCGUCUGCGGCGGCUGCAACAACCCCCGACCUCGGCUCUCCACCACCGGCCUUCAUUUCAACCGGAAACCGCACAACUUCCACGCACGUUGCAUUCCGGAGAACCCGACAGACUCGCAGAAGGAGGAGAACACCGUCGUCACCCAGAUCCUCGAGCAAAUCGUCCGCUGGGACACGCCCGACGAGCACGGAGCCCCCCGAUCGUGUGUCCCGACCAAGAGCGGCAAGUCGCCGUUCGUCACCGUUUACCAGCACCUCUUCUGCGUCACCAAUGCGAUGAAGCACGCUCCGAAAGAGAUUUAUGCGAUCGGGCCGUUUGCCAAAGGUGCGGAGGGUUUAGAGAAAGAAGCUUUUUUGGAUUGAAAGAAGGGAAUUCGAGAUUUGAUAGAUUCGAAACGUAAUGGAAUUUGAUAGUUUCUCAGAAACGUUUUUUUCUGAGGUGUAGGCGCCAGCUCGACGUGAUUUUUUUCUGCGAGCUACAGGAUCUCUUCCUUGACCCUGUGCAUGCGCCUUUAGUAACACAAACAUUUUGAGGCGGAGUUAAAGGCGCAUGCCCAGAGACACCUCACGCGCAUUCGAGAAAGUAGCUUUGAAGGAAAAAAAAAUGCAUGCGCCUUUAAUAACACAAAACUUUUUCGGCUGAAAUAAAGGCUUAUGAACAGAGACAAAUCGUGUACAUCGAGGAAUAGGGUACUCUAACUCUGAGAGGAAAAACGCAUGCGCCUUUAAUAUAACGAAAAAUUUAAGGCUGAAUUAAAGGCGCAUGAACAAAGAUGACACGCGCGCUUCGGAGAAGGGGUACUGUAGCUUUGAAGAAAAAAGUGUAUGCGCCUUUAAUACAACAUAAGUCUCUACUGGAAAAAUGCAUGCGCCUUUAAUGAAAUAACACUUUUGAGACAGAAUUAAAGACGCAUGUAGAGGGAAAUAUCACGCGUAUCGGAGAAACGGUACUGUAGCUUUAAACGAGCUCAAAAACACUUUGAAAAGAUAAAAACUGCUUCGAGACAUCCCGUUGAAAAAGAGGUUUUGAAUCGAAAGUUUGUACAAGCUCAGAAAGAGAAUAUAAGAGAACAAUUUGAAAAAAAUGUUUUUUCUGGAAAAAAAAUAUUGAAUAAAAUUGUGUUCUAUUCUCUGUGUUACUUUGAUUCCAGAGUGGACCUUUUCUCUCUUUCUGUGGGUUAAGUUUUUGAAAAACAGGUUCUUUUUUGGAAAAAGAUCAACUUCGAGGCUCUGCUUCAUUAUUCGCCAAAUUGAGACACUUUUCGCUUCUCGCAGCGGAAUAGUGCGCAAAGAGAAGAGAUGUAGACAUUUCUACAGUCAUUUUUGUCCCAAGCGAACGCCAAACGGAGUAAAUGUAUACUAUUCAAAUGAAGAACGGAAUUGAUACGAGUUUCCCAUUCUCUUUUUUCCUUGCUCAAUCGAACCGCCGUUCCCAUGUUUAUACACGUACGGCGGCGAAUGGUGAGAAUAUUGAAAAAAGAAAGAAAUUUGUGUUGUGCAGAGAGAAAUCGUACGUUCCGCUAUCGAUUGAGGGGCCUUUUUGGAACAUUUUAUGAUGAUUUUGAAAAGAAUAAGAUGUUUUUGAAUGAGUUUUUUUGAAAAUAUGAAAUCACAAUGCUUCUUCACACUCCGGAGAACAAUAUUGGAAAAUUUUUUCGGGACAUAGUCAAUUUUAAAUGGCCCAAAGCGUCGCGGUUGCGCUGCGUUUUGCCCCUAAAACACAUGUAAUUUUCAAAUUAGGACCAAUAUUAUUAUUAUAUACAAUUUAUUUGAAUCUCAAAAAAGACUAUCAUGGGCAAAUCAGAAAAUGAGCUGCUUACAUGGAAGGUCAUUUUUGCGUAGGGUUUGGAAUUUUUUGAAAAUUUGCUCAAACAAUCUUUGAUGGACUGGGAAUCGAUUCCCUAUAGCCGCUAUCUGCGCAAACUUUUCGUUUUGAAGAUAUGAUUUUUUAAAGUUUUUGUCCUUAACCACGUGACAAUGUUCGGAAGGAAUGUAUCCGCAGCACAAGUCAUUGCAUGGCAGCUAGGAGCGUGGUGCAGUGGCUAGCGCGGUAGCCUGCGAAGCCUAUGAUGAAGGUUCGACUCUUUUGCGGCUAUCGUUCUUCGCCAUUAUUUGUUUUGAAGGAUUAUGAUGAAAAUGUUGAAAUAUCAUGAUUGAAGACAUUCCAAAACCGUUCGAUGGCCAUUUUCUGCCAAAAAAAAGCUUUUUUUUCACAAAAUUUUAUUUUUGAAAAUUUCGUUUGCGCAGUUAGCGGCUAUGGGGAAUCGAUUCCCAGUCCAUCAAAGACUGUUUGAGCAGAUAUUCAGAAAAUUCCAAACCCUACGCAAAAAUGACCUUCCAUGUUAGGAACUCCAGAGUGGUCCCUUGGGGGCCCUUCACCUUACCAACCCCUAUAGGGGCCACUAAAGAUAGCAAAAGCGCUAAACCCCUAUAGCGACCGCCUAACCCCUUUACCCCUAUAAUGAGCACUUUUUUGUCCCCUAUAGACGCUGUUUUUCUCUUAAUCCCCAUAGGGGCCACCCUGUCAUUAGUAAGAAGUAAAGGGCUCAUUAUUCGUACUUUAAACCCCUAUAUGGGCCACUUUUUCGGCCUCUAUUGGGGUUGUUUCCCCUCUAAGCCCUAUAGGGAUCACUCUGAAAUUCCUAAGCAUUUUCUUCCUUCUGUACUUGAAAUUACGCUUAAAAAUAAAUCGAUUUCCGCCAGAACUAAAAAAAAUUUGACGAUAACCGUGAAGCGGCUAAUAAUUCUAUUACGGCUCUAAAUCUUAAAAAAUUUACUGUUACAUCUUGAUAAAGUUUAAAGGCGCAGGGCGGGGCUUUAAUCAUUUUUUAAAUUUUCGUCGUAAAUGGAAUAAACCAGGUGGUGAACAAGAACUGCUUGGAAAGUUUUUUUUUUGUUUUUACAGGCCCAAGAGAACUUUUAUAUGGAAGCUAUACAUGUCAUAGAACGCAUAAAAAAUUAUUUUUGAUGAACUGAGGGGUUUAACUAGGCUUUAGAGUUAAAUUAUAAUUUUUAGAAACUAAAUAUUCUUGUUCAUUCUGUUCAGAAUAUGUUAUUUAUGGGGACAACGUUCGGGGCGCCUUCUUUUUCUGUUUGCAAAGCUGUUUAUCUCCGAAAAUGACGUAUGGAACGAGGUGCGGGGGCGUUUUCGAUACUAUAAUUAGCGGGGGUGUGGGAAUUUCUGUAGGAAAGUUGGAAAAAUAAGAAAACAGUGGUGACUUCAAUCACAUAAGGUCCAAAAAAACAAGCUUAUAUUUUUUUGGUGACGUCGGAAGUUAUAAAUUCAGCAUUGGUUUUUGCAGUAAAUUCAGCAUUGGUUUUUAUCAAUAAAAAUCCGAAUUUAAUAAUUUUUAAAUAUAAAAAGUCUUGAAAAAGGCAAUGAUCUUGAAAAUAUUGCUGAACAGUCUUUUUUUAUUUACGAAGAUCUUACUGUACGUAUCAGAAAGACAAAGAAAAAAAAAAUUCAAAAAGGCUUUUUCCUUCCCAAAAAUGACAGAUCUCUGUCCAUACUCUAUUCGUCUUUACCUUGAUGAAAAAUAAAGACUGUAGAAGCGUCUAAAUCUCUUCUUUUUGCAUGUUAUUUUGCUUUUCUGACUUUCGAUAAUGAUACUUUGAUCCAGCGGUGAAUGAACUACAGGGUGCGAAAUAAAUAUUGAAACGGACUUUUUUUUAAAGCUUGAUUCCUGUGAAAAAGCUCAGAAGCUCUUGAAAAUCUGCCUCUUUAAAAAAAAUAGGACCUUCAUGUCCUAAUCAAACUCUUAUAGUAGUGUAUAGUUCAAUCAGAAAAAAUUCUUCAUAAAAAAAAAACGUCUUCAGAUGUCCUGAACACGACCCACUGCACAGACAUGCUUCUGGCGCCGUUGACCAUCGAGCUGGAGAUGCUCUCCGACGUCUCCUUCAACGUUGUCAGCAAGAAGUUUUGGGCCGACACGGCCAAAGCCGUCGAAAAAAUUACGGAUCACCCGGAUGAAUUUUGUAUGUUAUAGGUGUUUGAAAUGAUCUGUCCUCUCUCUUUUCUCUCUCCAGCUUGGAGGAAUAUGAAAAUAGGAUGUGAUGACGAGAGGAAAGAGGGCGCAGACAAGACAUAUUUUUUCGAAUGAUGACGAAAAAAAAACAUGAAAUAUCAAGAUUCUCUCUUUUUUCUCCAUUUGCAGGUCAAAAAAAUAGUUGGUAAAUCAAUAACUUUAAAAAAAAUUGUGAGCCAAAACAACUAGUGCAAAUUUCUGAGCAUGACCUUUUCCCUAUAAGUUCCAAUAUUUAGCUCAAAAUGCUCUUGGAACUCGAAAAAUCUAAAAACUUCAACUUUCCAGGCCUGAAGAUUUUGCAAAUUCAUAACUUCAAAAAGAUAAGGUUCAAGUUUAAUUAACUUCUUUAUGUUUUUGGUGAUGACCUGUCCAUGCUCACCUGAAGUCUAAAAUGCUGUUGGAACCUGGGAAUUUGGACAUUUUACCUGCUCAGAAAUAGAAAACUUUGCAAGUGGCCAACAAAGAACUUCGAUUCAACUUUUACCAAAAUUUUUUGAGCAUGAACACCUUCUUUUAAAAAAAAACCUCAAGCUCAAAAUGCUCUUGAAGCCUAGAAGUUUCGAAACUUUUACUUCUAGGCCGGGAAACUUUGAAAAUUUCUACCUCUCUACAAAACAUUCAGAUCUGACCAAAUUUUUUUUUACGUUUCUGAGCCCGACCCUUUUUUCUGAGAAAGUGAACCUCAAGCCUUAAAUUUUGUUGAAACCGAUUGAAUUUUUACUUGCUCAAGUCGAAAAACUUUGCGAAUUCACAACUCUUCUCCAAAUGCUCCCAUUCAAAUUUUACUAACUUUUUAGAGUUCCUAAGCAUAGCUGUUCUUUCUUAAAAAUCUCAAACUCCUCCAAAAACCUAAAUAUUUUGAAAAUUUAUUUUCUCCUGUCAAAAAUGCAUGUAAGAAAAAGAUGAACACCUUCCAGGCCGCCCAAUGACGUGCCGAGUCUACCUGAGAAGGACGUCUCCGUGGUCGGUGGGCGUGGUCAUCCUCCCGGACGACAUGUCCCAACUUCACGACAUCGGGACCUUGCCAGUGAUCGUCGGCGUCUGUGCGAUGCCUCCACUUGCUUACUCCAUCGGACUGAAUCAUUUCAGCAAGAAGUUGAUGCAGGGUCCUUUGAAAGGUUUGGGGGAAGGUUCUUGCAACGAUGAGUUUUAAAGGAAAUGGGAUCAGUUUCACUUUAGCAGAAGUCUCAGAAAAUGGGCUGUUUUGAAUAUUCGUAAUCUUUUCUUGAGUCUCUCUCAGAAAAAUUGAAUUAGGGCGGGUCAAAUCUGCUCUGUUGUUAAAUUUAAGGGGUCGCAUAUUUCAUAAAAUCAUAUAAUUCAGAAAAAAUUCUUCGUUGUUCCCAAAAAGUUUUUAAAAAAUUGAAUCUCUUGCGUUUUUUCUUCUAUUGAGGCAUUUGCUCUCCAUGGAACACUUUUCAACCUCCAUGGACUUCUCGGACAUUGGUAACGCGAAACGGACGCGCUCCGGACGUUUCUGAGCAAUUCUAGGGAUCACUUAAGAGAGAUGAAGCUACUAAAGUGGUCACUAGAACGGCCCCGACACGUCCGAUUCGCGUCCCGUUCGCGUUACCAAGGUCCGAGUUCCAAAGAACUCGGUAACGAAAUUUGAACGCGCUCCGGACAUUUCUGAGCGAUUCUAGGGAUCACUUAAGAGUACUGGCUACUAAAGUGGUCACUAGAACGACACCGACACGUCCGAUUCGCACUAGCAACGUCGGAGCUCUGUUGUUCUGAUUUCUAAUGUAUAUGAAAUCAAAAUUGAAUCUUUUAAAAAAAUAAAAAAAAUAUUGAGAAAAGACAGAAAAAAAUAACUCAUUUAUCGAAAUUCAGACGUUCCUGAUUUUUUUGAGAAAAAGUCUGUUCAGUUUUCCCCAACGAAUGGAUGAUGAAAACGAACCUUCCUUCGGACAACCUCCGUUACAUUUCUGUCCAAGAGCCGGUGAUGCGAACAUUCAGCAGUUACUUCGAGGAGAAGAUUCUGGCGAGAGUUCGACUCUUGUCAGUCUUUAGAACGGCUCGCAAAGGUCCUGAACCUCUUAAAAUAUGAAUAAAGUGGAAAAAAUGGCUCUAGGCGUGGAACUAUCUAGUACAGCCAUGGAAUGUCUUCAAGAGGAAGGCAUCUCGAUCGAAUUGGAAAUGGAAUCGGUGCCAGACGCCUUGAAGACUUUCUGCCGUCAUUUGCAUCAUCAGGUUUGAAAAUAUUCGAGAAAGAAGGGUUAGGAAUUGAACAGCUCGGUAGAAGCUCAACAUUUAAAAAAAAUACCUCCAGAAAAUUCCAGGACCUGAUCAAAAACGUGGCCUGCCUUCAAAUCGUUCCGAGACCCGUGACCAAAUUAGUUUACGAACUCCCGGGGGUGGGCUAUUUUUCUACACCAUUCUAGAUUGAUCUCAAGACCUUAAAGGGGGGUUCCCAACAGGUCCUUCAUCAAAAAGUGACUAGACAGCAGCCAACAAGAUUCCAGAGAAUUCAAAAAGCUGAAAAUCGUAUUUCAAUCUUUAAUGGAGCUUUUAGAAGAGCCUUUUCAACUUUUUUUCCAAGGCUUUUCAAAGAAAAUUUACCGUUACACUUAUGAGAGAUGUUUUAAAAAAUCAACGCGUCAAUUAAAUAGAUAAAUAUCGAUUUUAUGCUAAUCUUUGUACCUCAAGCUUGAAAUUUCUUUAAGACGGAAGGUUCAUAACUUUUCAUGAGAUUUAAAAAAAAAAUAGGACAUUGAGGUAUUCUAAAAACAAGGACUGUAUACCAACUUCAAAAAAGAGAAGAUUGGAAAGCAAUUUUUCCAGAAAGGCGAGCCAGACGCCGACGCCAAAGACUGCUGCAACGACGAGUCGAAUCUCAACGACGUCUUCGAAUCUGUCCUUUACGAGACCUUCAAAGCGGUCCCUGGUAUUGGCGGACUGUACUUUUGCGAUUUCGAAACGUUUUUGUCUCAUUUUUAUCACGAAAAGUUUAUUCCCUUCCAGCCAAGACAUCCGAACAAAGAAGUCGUUGGCGGCGGAAAAUGCCAAAAGAGCUCAGGCCGCGGAUUUGGGUAAUAUUUAAUUUUUUGAAACGUCAAAGCUCCUGGUCGCAUUUGGAAUGGCUCAACGCGUGGCGGUCGCCCUGUGGUUCCAUAUGGAACUUUCAAGUUCUCAUUUUACCAAGCCGUGCUCUGGCGGAAACCGCUUCGCAGCCGCAACGCGUCGAGCCAUUCUUCGUGCGGACAACUCAAACUUACCUGAACCCAUAGAAGUAAAAGAAGGACUAAACAUGUCUUUUUUUCACUAAAAAAGUUUAUAAUAACGCAAGAACUUCUUGAUAAGCCCUGGUCGCAAUGGGUAUAGCUCUAAGGCUUUAGUUGUAUUGCGUGUUUGAAAGAUCCUUUCGAAAAAAUUUAUCUUGACGAUCGCAAGAGCUUAGCGUCAGGCCAUUCUCCGUGCGACCAAUUUUUUCAACGCUUUUUUGUCCCCCUUGACCCGAUUCUUUAGUUUGACAGCAGUUUAUAUUUCUGAUCAAAUCAGGAAAAGCUUAUAGUGCAUUUCGAACGAAGUUUCAAUAGUUCAAAUGCGCAAACCGUUUUGUGGUCGGUUGCACUUUCAUAGGGACCGCUUUGCAGACAUUCCCCAUGCGGCCAACUUUUUUUAGAGUUUUCAUUUUUCCUUUGAUCCCAUCAAUCAAUUUGACAGCAGUUUGAAUCUCUGACCUUAUAAAGAAUGGCUCAACACGUUGCGAAAUGUUUUGAAAGAGGUUUCAAGAAUUCAAAUGCCCAGAAGCGCAAGUCGCAUUGUGGUCGGUUGCACUUAAAUAAAAACCGCUUUGUAUUCGCUUAGCGUUGAGCCAUUCUCCGCGCGGACAAAUUUUCUCAAACCUUCAUGAAUCAACUUUUUAUUCCAGUUUUCGAUGAAGAAGACAAGCCCCUGAUGGUGAGACCAUUGGCCGUCGAAGACAAGACAAAACGACAUUCGAUUUCUCAAAGUGAUGGCUCGAAUAUCGAUGAGGAACUUGCUCUCGAUGAAGCUUCUGAAGCUGAUCCCUGUGAUCUUUCGGUUUCAGAAGAAUUCAAGAGACAAAGAUAUUUUUCGAUUCACAGGACAUGGUCGGAAGGGCGCCGUUAUUCCUACAGUUCCAAUGUACCUUGCUCUAUCCGGACAAAGAUGCGACGACAGAUUCGUUCUGUAUCGAGUUCAUGCCUGUCUGCGUCCAUCAGUUACUCAAUAAGAGCACUGUCAAGCCGACUGGGGACUACGGUAAGGAGUCUUGUAAGAAAUCUGGGGAAAGUUGGGAAGCUUCUGCUUUCGGUUCCUUGGAAGGCGUGCAAGUGACCUGUGACCUUCUAGAAGCUUUCCAGCAAGUACUGACCUUCUAGAAGCCUGCUGGAAGGGUUCUGGCUGACAUUUUCAGUUUUUACCUUUCAAAGACCUUCGGAACACCUUUCCGAGGCCUUCUCAAGACCUUCUAGCUUCCAAUCGCCUUCCCAGAAUUUGUCAAAGUAUGAAGCUGUGUGGCCCAUGAAAAAUUGAAAAGCAUAAGAGUACAAAAUAGGGUCAUUCUCACCAGGGAAUUGUCAACGGUCGCUGUGAGGCUUCUGGAUGAGAUUGAGUGUUCUAGAUGUAGCUCUUGACACUGGUCCCAAAUCUGGUCUCAAAAACUGCCGCUGAGAUCUGUGAAAAGAAGUUAUGAACGCUCAAAAGUCAAGAAAUCUAAAGUAAGGGGUUUUAAGAUGAAGCUGUGAAGUUCACGAAAAGUUCAAACACAUUAAAGGACUCCAAAUAGGGUCAUUUUCACUAGGGGGUGGUCUCCGGUCACGGUGGGUCUUCCGAAUGUGUUUGAGAGGUAGUUUUUAACCCUGAUUCCAAAUAUGGUCUUGAAAACGGCCGGAGGGUGUUGUGAGAAAAGUUAUGGACCUUCAAAAGUCAAAAAAAUGCAAUGUCUUCGAUUGAAAAAAAAAAAUAGGCUCUCGUUAAGAAGUUCCACUGCGACCAGGGAACAUUCCCUAGUCAUGAAAAUUCGAGGAAGUGGUUAGGAAAGUAGUUGAAAGGUGUUCAGAAGUAAGUUGGGUUUUGGUUUUGGAAGAUAAAAAUUGGAAAUUUUGUUCAGCCGUCCAGAAGCCUUAUUCAGAAGUCACAGCGCUUAGAUUUAUUCAAAACUCGGGAAUUUUUCGAAAUAAAAUGGUUAUAAAUGAAGAUUCAGUUUCAAAUUUUGAUUGGCUUGCCUAGUUUGCAUUUCUCAUUCUUAAAAAAGUUAGUAUUUUUAUUUUUUGGAAUACAAAAUGGUAUAAAAGUUUUCUGACCAGAGUUUUUAUUUCCAGACCUCAAAAAGGUCGAUGUCUGCUUGGAAAUUGUCGCCAUUGCCAAUAUUCCAUCGGAUGAUGCUCCCAAGGUUUUCCUCCCCAAAUUUAUGAAAAUUUAGUUUUUCUUUUCCAGAAAAAGAAGAAGAAGGUCAAGUUUGCCCAAAGGAGACGGAUCAGGGACAGCGAAGAUAUCGAAAGUGCGGACAGUCGAGCAAAAGCGUUUUAUCAGCUCCUGCCGAUGAGGGUUGGUUUGAGGGAGGGAUGGUCGCAGUUGAUCUUAAAUUCUGGAUUUUUCACUUUUGAAUUGAUAGUUGUUUUUAGAACUCGAUUUUGUGACGAUAUAUCGUUGUUUUCAUGUGUUACCCUUAGCAUUCAUGAAAGCCCACUUUUAAAAAAAUUGGCUUGGUUUCAAUAAACGCGUUGCGGUUAGCAUUGCGGUAAAAAUUAAGGUUUUUUCGCAUCUUAUAAGCUUCAUUUAGUUGAUCUAAUGCUAUCAGGUGACGCUGCGCGUAAGUCGUUUGUUUCGUGGUUUGAAAUUAUUUUCUUUUCAAGUUUUUGUCAAUUCAAGCAAAAUAAUCAAUAAAUGGCGCUACGAUUUCAGUAUUUCCUUUAAUAGUUUAGUUACUCUGAAUGCUGUUUAAUGGAACAGCGUUUAAUUAGUUUUGUAGUCGGGCGCGACUUUUUUUUUUAACUUUAGCCAUUCCAAACGCGACCACGUGGUGAAUGGAUUAUGAUUCAUUACGAUUUACACAAAAAACCUUAACUUCUUUCUGUAGGAACGAGAAGCCCUACGUCAUCUGAUCAAAAACAUGAACGGAGUCCUGGAAUUGGAGAGAAUCCUGACGGCUAGCCGGAAAGGUGACGUCACGGUUGAGAAGCUCAAAAUGAUCUCGAGGUUCAUUUCCAAAGAGGUACAGGAAAAUCUAGUGUUUUCUGGAGGGUUAUUGAGGAUUUCAGUGCAUUUUGAACCGUCAAGUCGGCCAAAUGGAGGAGAAAACGAAAAGCGUCUCGUUGGUGAUCCAGAGCGACCUGGCGCUGAAAAGAUUGAUGGUGGAUUUUUGUAUUUUCCGAUGGGGGGAGGGGGGCUUAAUGGAGGAAUGUACUACGGAAAAUUUAGCCCGUUUUUUUGCGAUAUGAAGCUGCUAUUUUUCUCUGCGCCCUCCUCGUCUCUCGACGUCUCUCACAAGUUGAGGGAUCAGAGAGACGCAGACACUCGAAAACUUUCAAGACGCGGUGAACGAACUAUAUCAUUUAAAUCGAAAAUCGGGAAUUUUCGGAAGAAAUAAGCUUGAAAUAUUAUUUUUUCAUCAACUUUUGUCCCCUUUAGGAAAGACUCGAUGGCUUGAGCCUACAGUAUGCCACGUUGGUACGGUGCGGCCAAUCGAAUGUUUUUUAUUGCUGCAAGGUUAAAAUAUACUCUACUCAGAAGGAAAACCGGAACUCUCAACACAGGUUGAUGACAAAGCCGCCUUCGAAAAAAUCCAACUGGAGGAAAUGAGCCGCAAGAACUCGGCAAUGUCCUUGAUGCAGUGCCAGGCACAGGUUGCUUUUUUGGGAGUUUAAAGGUUGCUCCAUUGAUAAUCAAAAAAAAGAAGUUAAUAUUGUAGAAAACGGAUGAAUUUGAAAAGGAGGAUCACUUUUUGCCUUUCGGAAGCUUUAGCCUCUUCAAAACUCUCUAGAAAAUGAAUAUAGUCGGAUCAACAGUUUCCAUGUGAUUUUUGAUCUUUUUAUCAACAUCUUACUGAAGUUUACACAGUAAUCAACACACUAGUCAACGAAAAUAUCCUUUUUGUUUUAAAAAAUCAUCAUUUUUUUCACUCGAAGACAAAUUUGGUGAUAAGUGGCUUUUUUUGGGUUGGUAUGAGUUGCUCCAUUGAUAAUGAGUGGUUUUCAAGAAAAUAAGGGAAUCCAGCUCUUUUUUCAAGCGUCACAGAGUUUGAACCCGAUUUUAUAGCUCAAAUAAUAUCUUUUUUUAUGUUUCAGUACGAUUAUCAAGAGAUUUUUAAUAAGUUUGAAAAAGGCCAAAAAAAGCGUUUGUUAAUCAGAAGCAUUAUUAUUCAAAUUCCAAGUUCUAAGAUGUACCUUUCUUGUACGAAGCUUGGAGGAAGCAUCUCCUCAAGAAAUAAUUUUUUUUUGGUCUUUUUGAGAAAGUCAAUGUAUCUCAUGUAGACUGAAGAAAACUUGAAUAUUCCGAAAAGAUCGAAUUUCACUAUUCUUGAGCGGAUUUUAAGCUUAAUGGAGUGCAACACGAUUUUUUUUUGGCCAAUUUCAUGGAAAUUUGCAUUUUUUAAGUGCCAGCACGACGGCGAGGCUCACGACGACCUCCCAGCCGGCAUCAGCGCCUCCAAUUUCGUAGGACUUCACUCAGAAAUGGCGGAUUCGCCGAGGAAUCGCUUCGGAAGCGACGCCAGAAGCUGUCGUUCCACCCUGGCUGUCGACGAUUCUUUCGACUUCUCCGAACUGAGCCGUCGCGACCAUCUCUUCGACUUUUGGCUCAUCCUCACUGUUGACAAGAGCUUCAUUCUGCAGUUUUGUCAGCGGUAGAACCCGAAAAAAGUCCCUCUGAAUGAGAUUCCUGGGGUUCAGGUACAAAGAAAGGCACUCGAGGAUCCCGGAGUUGGCCUGGCGCGAGUGUCGUCACACCCUGAGACGGAUCAAUCAAGUGAAAUUCUGAAAAUUUUAGGGAAACUACAGAUUUUUCUGCUAGGAAUUGCUGCUGGAACGGAUGCUGGAGACCAGGGAGUGCGACUCACUUUUGCUGGCCACUGAUGAUCCGUUCAAGCAGGAUAAUGAUAGGUAAAGCUCAAAAAUUGGCUCUAAAAAUGAAUAAUGUCUUUUUUCAUCAGCCUUUUCCGGCUUCUGGAGAGCACAGAAGUCUUGUGAAAGUUUGUUGAGACUGACAAAAACCUUAAUGGUCACUUAAGUGGUUCCUUGAGGGCUACUUGAAGAGAACACUAAAGUGACCACUUUGACUUCUAAAGUGGCCACUAACUUUACAGCUGCUUAGGUACUAGCCCGACUCCUUUAGUGGCCAGUAAAACGUCAGAACCCUAAAGGGGCCACUAGAAAUUUCAACAGUUUAUAACUUUGGCACAGAAUUGGACAAAGCCCUCAUGGUAGUAUUUUUAGUGGUGUAGAAGUGCCACUUACACUUCUGAAGAGGCUACUAAUUUUUAGCCACUCAAGUGGUCACUAACUCUACUACUAUAGUGAUCACUUGAACGUCAAAACCCUAAAGUGGUCUCUAAAAAUUUCCCCAGUAAUUAUGAAGCAUUUUGAAUCAAGAUUCCUGGGAGUGUCUUGAAAUAUUCACCAGUAAAACUAUGUUUUUUUUCUCGACGGUAUUAUGAGAGAAAAGAGGGCGCAGACAGAUCAGACUGCUCCAAGUCGUGUCGAAUGAAGCUCCUCUAUAAAUUAGAACUGGAAAAGUUUUCAGUGGAAACGAAGGAAGCCAAACCGAUCCGCCGAUCAUGGACGAGGCCAGAUUCACAUUCCCGCCUGGUUAUUUCGCCUGCAAUGUCAUGAAUGAGAUGUGGUUGGGCUGUUUUUUCACAGAAAAAGUGCUCCAUGGCGAAUUUGUUUCAGGUUCAAAGUGCCCGUCCGAUUGUUGAGCUCCUCGCAACAGUCCGCCCUGUUAUCGGCCUACCAGGCCUUGAAACCAGCGAUGGUCCAGUUUGCAGUCCGGAAUCGCAAGAAUACCUACGUUUUGAAGUAUGGGUGGGGUAAAUGGGAAAAAAAAAGUUUUUUCGAAUAAAGAAAGAAGUUUUGUACAUUGAUGACCUACAGAGGCAGUCUCAACGCGUAGCUGUCGUUUUUUUUUAAGGUUGCGCCCGACCCAAAACGACUCGCGCACAUAGGUAACAAAAAACUCAGUUUCGGCGCAAAAUUUGAAGUUAUAUCUGUAAUCACAGCGCGUAGAGAAUUUCCGGACGCGACCAGAAGUUUUUCAAAAAAAAUUUUUAGAAGUUUUGAAAAUAUUUAGGCUUUUUUUCUGGCGCUUUCCUUGAAAAAUUUCAAUUUUAAAAAGUCAAUUUUUCUGAAAUUAAUCGACAUUUUCAAAUUUUUUUCCUUUUUUUAAAAAAACUUUUUUUCGUCGAUUUUUCCCAAAGAAACUCCUCCAUUUUGCUUCUCAAAUUAUAUUGAAAUUAUUUUUUUAUUUUUCAGAGACCUCAACGGCAACGUCGUCUACAUGCAGAUCCAUAUAUCCACGGAAACUUAUGGACUUUUGCGGAUCCAGGAUCGAGAGCCGAAGAAGAGGAAAAUGCAGUAAUAUUUUGUCUUUUUGAAGAAAAAAUUGUAAAAAUUCUACAGUUGACGGAUUUUUUAUCACAACUUUCUUGUAUGGUUUUCGAUCUUACUGGAAUCUUCUGUAGCUGUGAUCACGAACAUUUGUAACACCAUGCUUCAAAUUGCAGAGGAAAAAAUGCAGCUCCGAAAGUUUCAGAGAGAUUGAGCUCCAUACAAAGAAGUUAUCGGCAAAAAGUAUUUUCUAAUCUUUUCUGACGGUACUGUUCAUAACUGGAUGAAAGAGGUCAAUUUCAGGAAUUUUCAACUGCCCCUUGAGCGGUCACUUCAAUUCAAUAACUCGAUUAGCUCGUUUUUGACGAUAAUUUCAAACCAAAGAGACCACUUUAGAGGUUUUCUAACUAGAACUUGUGACCUACAGUAUGGUGUGACCUACAGUAAAGUCUCUUGUGACCUACAGUGAAGUCUCUAUUUCUUUUUACAAGUCCCUAAAGUGACCACUGAGCUAUGGAAGCUUCAGUUUGAGCUCCUCAAAAUUCAUUUUCCUAUAGUUUUUUAAACACUCCAGAGAAGCCGGCCAUCGUAUAAACCGGGAGAGUCCUUUGAGUUACCACUUGGCUAUGAAAGCUUCAGUUUGAGCUCCUCAAAAUCCAUUUUCCUAGAGUUUUUCAGUUUUUUGAAUACUCCAGAGAAGCCGGCCAUUGUAUAAACCGGGAGAGUCCCUUAAGUGACCACUGAGCUAGGGAACCUGCAGCUCCCAAAAUCCAUUUCCAUAGACUUUUCAGUUCUCUGAAUAUUCCAGAGAAGCCGGCCAUCGUAUGAACUCGGAGAUUCUGAUGACGAUUUCUGGCGUCGAGCCACCGACCCCAGAAAUCGUCGGACAACUCCGAGAUGCUGUCACGAAACGCCUCGAGCACGCUUCUCUACAAGUUUUGCUCCAGCUUUUGGCCAAAAAUCCCUCGAUGAGACUCGAAACGUAUGAUGUGCAGGUUCGGCAGAGAUUUGGAAUGGUUAUUUAUGAUAAAUUUCAAGUUCCUCCAACGCGACGCUCCUCACUGCUCAGAUACCAAGUUCAUGUCCCUGCCGGCCGUUUGCCAAGGAUAUCUGGCUUCGUUUUUCUAUUACGUCAACCAGCAUAUGCAGGCCCUGAUGUCCAUAGCAAAGUACCGGGUGAGAAAUAGGGAAAAUCAUAAAUUUUCGCGAGAACAUGAGGUGAAUAAGCUCUGAUAAGGUUCUAGAAUCAGAAAAAGAGGUAUUUUUGGAACCCUUUUUGAUUUUUGAAUCAUUAAAGUAUCUUAGCUCAGUAAGCAACCCGGACGUUUCUGACUAUUUCUAGGGAUCACUUAAGGGGGUUGACGCCGCUGAAGUGAGCAAUACUUGGGAACUUAUGAGAGGACCCCUCUAGGGACCACUUUACCACCCCCUCUAAGGGCCCUAAACCCCGCGAAAGGGGUCCUUGUAGGAGUAAAGUUUAGGUGGCCCCUAUAGAAAAAAUUUUUUUCCCCGCUGCCUUUUCCUGUAAUCCCUACAGCACCACUCAAAUUUUCCCUAUAAAGACCACUUUUUCGCCCCCUAUAGGACCCUGUAGGGACCACUUUGGAAUUCAUCAGUAAGGAUGCUCACGAACGUCCGGAACGGGCGCGUUUUUUACAGACGUAAAAAAAGUUUUGAGGUUUUCAUAUGGAGCGAAGGUUCACUUGAGGAACCAGUUUUCUUUUUUGGGGGGUCUCGGAUUUUUUUUCAGAAUUUGUAGGGCUAUCUUUUCAGGAACCUCUAGCCACUAGUAAGAAGUUCCGUUGAAAUAGCGAUUUUUGGGACCUUUUUCAGUAAAUAGGAUAUGUUUCAUUGUUGUAUUUUAUUUGAAAGAGUUUCAGAGUCUUUUUCCCUUUCCUUCCAUAAACAUUCAUUUCUCAGGAUGAAGCUUCUGGCGCCAGCUCACGACACGCCUCCGUCUCCCGCACCAUGCCCCCCUCGAUCGCCAUCACCUCAGCGUCGGCCUCGAUGGCGCCGAUUCACAUGACCCGACGCGCGAACACGAUCAACUCUUCCAGCGGGUUCACCUUCAUCUCCAAAGCCCUCUCGCAACGGACGGCUCCGGCGAAAAUCGGGCGGUCUCCAUCAAUCGCCGCGUCGGCGGCUCCAGUCUCCUCCGUCAGUUUCGGCGGAUUCUCAUCGUCGCUGGCGUCGUCCUCGAACCGUUUCCAGCCCUAUCCACCGCUGUCUGGCGACCUUCCCCAUAACUACAGUCCAUUGUUCUACCUGAGUCUGAAACCGCCCAAGGCCAGGUCGACGGAGGAUGGUGGGGGCUUUGAUUUUUUGAAAAAGUAGUUCAUUGAAGCUGUGUAGGAACCAUCAAAACUCAAUUUUUGAGGUUCUUAAGAAUUAUUUUAGCUAAUAGCAUGCAUCUUUCUGUUCAUAAAAGAUAAUUAUUUGAUGAAAAACUGAAAAAUUCGUUCAUUGAAAUUUAAUUUUUGAGGCUCGAAAGUUAGAUUUUAGCCUGUACUUUUCAUAAUUUGUUAAUUAAUUGAUGAAUAACCUUGAGCAAGUAAAGUAUUUACAUUAUAGCGGAACCAAGGCUAGCUUGUACCAUCGAAAAAAGGGUCCUGACACGGUUUAAAUAAACGAGAUAGUGCCUGGUUGAUGGAGAGUACAGACAGGCCACACAUUCUACAUCAUUAAUUUGUUCAGGAAUCGCUGUCGUUGAACUUCGGAUCGUCAACAAAGACGGGAGUGUUGCUGGCCCCCUGAUCGAAGGCAGAAAUAACAACUCGAGUCAUCAGACUUUCGCCCCAUACCUUGAAGGCCAACAGAAGCUGGCCAAGUUUGCCGAGCUUACCAAGACGGUCAGAUGCGACUGUCCGGAUCCUGAUGACCCUGGUUAGGAUCCCCUUGAGAAACGAAGCAAUUUUUGCCAUUUUUCAGACGUUUGUGGCUAUUUGCAAGUGAUUGUCUGGAAAACUGGGUCGGUCUCCAUUGAGGAUUUGCAGUCGCAGGUCCAAGGAGCAGUGGCUUCGGUUGGUUUUGAGAAAACCUUGAGAAAAAGUGUGAAAAUGAGCGUUGGUUUAAUUUUUGGUUAUUUUUUUUUUGAAAAUCAGAGAAAGAGUUUUUCUUUUUGACACGUUUCCUCAGCAAAUAAUCGUUGGUGCAAAAAAUUCAUGUUGCCUUUUUUGGGCUCAUACUUUUUCACUAGAACUAUUCAAGUCUCUGAAACUUUCAGUUGAGAUUUUUGGUAAAAUCCGCCCCUUUUUUUAGGUUACUGUAGCCUAAAUAUAUAUCUGGAUCUUUUAUUUGAGGUUUUCGUAGGCUCCGCCCCUUUUUAGGGAUGGAGCCUUAAUAUAAAAAAAAACCUUAUAUGUUCCUUAGUCCAAGUCGGAUAAAAUGUAAUUUACAUGAAAUAUCAAGGCAAAAUAAACAUUUCUUGAAUUUUUUUUUGAUAAAGAGUUUUGUGGAGAGUAUAAUUUUUUUCAUUUUUCAAUAUCCCUUUGAACUUUUCUAUUUAUUUCCGCCUAGUUGGAAAGUCUCUCUUGCACUCGGAAUGGAUGAGAGCGUUGCGGUCGCGUCGCGGUUGAAUCAUAAAAUUAGAUCCUUUGGUUUCCGACUCUACGGCGCGCAAGUAGUUUGAGGUCGGGCGCGCCUCUAGAUAACUAAUCCAUUCCAAAUGCGGCCAAUAUUUGAGACAAUAAGUUCAUUUAAAACUCGAGAACUUGUAGAAAACAUUUCUUGUGAUCUUUUUUUCAUUUUCUCGUGAAAAAGGCUUGAAAUUUUCUAUGCUAUGGGUUUUCAUAUAACAGUAAGAAGUGCCCACGCAAAAUUGCGGACUUUGUUAAGUACAGUAACCUGAAUAUUUUUUGAAUGUCCAUCAAAAUUCUGAUCUUUCUGUCCUUUCCUUAUUUUCCAUGUUUUAAGACCUUUUAAGAAAAGAGAGCGCAGAAAGGUCAGAAUGUUUCAAGUCAUUCUGAAAAGACUGUCAUAUUUUCCAGGCCCUUUGCGAUAUCGUCACCGAAUUCGGAUACCUCAACACGUCGGCUAUCAUCGAAUCGGGCGCAGUUAUUCCGUCGAGCCCUGGCGCUUUCACUACAGUACAGCACAGUAGUAAGCGGUUACUGUACCUCCUACAGUACUCAUUCAAAUUCACAGAAUCCAUCUCAAAUAAGCUUGGAUCGCCGGCCGAAAAGCGGUCACUUUUGAGGAAACGAGACUCGUAUGACCAUCAUAUCCAUCCGCCAUCAACGCCUCAGAGUGAUACCUCGCUUUUUAGGAAGAAUACUGUAGGGCUACUGUAGAUUUUGAAAUAUAUUGAAGAGUUUACUCAGAUGUUCUCAUUCGACAAUGGCAUGUCGUUGAACGCCGGAAAACGCGGGUCGAACGCCUCGGAUUUGGAUAAAUUGUCGAUUCGCGACGAUUUUAGGUACUUUUUGGGUGUUGUUUCGAAGGGUUUUAAACAGAAAAACAUGGUUUUUGAGAUUUUUAGGAACCUUGUGGAUUUUUUAUACAUGUACGCGAAAUUACACAAAAGUCGAUUUUUUUUUAAACUCGAUUUUAAUUCUGCUAGUGCAGGAUCGGUGUACACAAAGUUGCUUACCGUAAUCUUCUUUUUAAAAAAAAUGGGAUUUUACUGCCAAUAUUUUACAGUUUUGUUGUAAUGGGAAGCUUUCAUGAAGGAUAUACUUUUUAUAAGAAAAAAAAAAAACCCAGGGAAAAAAAUAAAGUAAUAAUAAAAAAAUAACUCUUCUAUCCAUAGAGCAAGUUUUCUUCUUUCAUUUUUGAUUCCUUGAUUCUAAUUUGAACUUUUAAAAUUAGUAAGUUUUCUACAAAUCCAAUGAUUACAAGAGCUGUGAACGAUCGAAAAUAUCAUUUUCAACACAUACCUGAUGUUUUGACACGUCUUUAAAAAAGAAAAUAAAAGGCUGCCUAUUAAAGAGAGUCGCAAAGAAUGCCGGAUUUCAUCUCGCAACGAACCGUCCAGCGACUCGUCGACUGGUUCCAAUACGUGGUUCAAAUGCCCGGCGACACGACGUCAGUCUAUGAGGACGUCUUCGAAAUGGACUGUCCCUUGUCGCCGGCUACGGUGGGUUACUGUGGAAAUUGGAAGGGUACUGUAGUUACUACAGUAGCUGUAAGAAGAGUUUUCAGCAAAUUAAUUGAAAAUGGUUAGAUUUAGAUCAAGUUUGCAGGGCACUUGAAGAAAAUUCCGGACUUUUUGGGCACAAUAUCUUUUAACUUUUCAGAAGAGCUGGUCCUUAUAGAGGCAACCUUAGGGGCCCUUAGGGUUUCCCUCUGGGGAAUUCCGAAGUUUUGAGAAAAGUUACCUUUCUUGUGGAAAUUUUUUCCUGUCUUUCCUGUCCCACUAAAAAACUUAUUUUCAGCCUCUCCACGUGGUUCGCGACCGCAUCGCAAGCCAUUUCGGGACGGCCGACGUGCUCCGAGAAGACGUUUUCCUCUGCUCCUACGUCAGGGACCACCGAGCCUCGAUCUCCAUCCCCACGAAUUCGUCUCCUUCCGUCGUCCAGACGACGUCUUCUGACCUCGGCGGCGGCAAAUUCGAAGUCGUUCAGGGCGAUCCACGCGCCAACGUUUUGGUAGGAUCAGUGAUAAACAAAAUUUGGAAAGUCUGAUUUUCCUGAAAAGAAUUUCCCUUUGCGGUUGGGAAUUCGCUGAAAACUGGCCAAAAACUUCUGAAAAAAAACCUGAGUGGCCCCUCUAAGAUUUUGACUUUUUAGUGGCCACUAUAGUAGUUGAAUUAGUGGCCACUUAAGUGAAAAGUUAAAAUUAAUAGUCUUUUUGGAAGUCUAAGUGGUACUGCUAGACCACUAAAACUACUAUAGUAGCCACUAAGACGCAAAAUAAGUACUGGGGAAAUUUUUAGUGGCCACUUUAGGGUUUCAACGUUUUAGUGGCCACAGUAGUAGUCGGAUUAGAGGGUACUAAAGUGGCUAGAAAUCAAGGACCUUUUAGGAAGACUAAGUAAGACUCAGAAUAGUGGCUUCUAUAGAGGUGGUUUCAGUGACCUCUCCAAAAAGAGGAACUACUUAAGUGGUCACCUAGAGUUAUUCACAGAUGUAUAAAGGUCCUGAAAGAAAAAUUUCCUAGUUUUUAAAAAAGGACGCCUCAUAGUCGAAGUAGGCCAUCGAAAGAGGGUUAAAAGAAGCUAUUUUGAGACUUUUUUCCAAAUCAGGAAGUUGAGAAGGCUUCCAGGUCUUGCCUGUAGUAGAUUCCCAACCAAAAUUGAAAGAACCCUCCUCAUAAGGCGACGUGCUUUCUUCCUUUUUUCUUACCGGGAGAGAUAAGAGAGUGCAGACUGGUCAGACUUUCUCAACUCGUAGUGAAUGGAAUAUUAUCAUGAUCUUCAAGGAAUUUUGGAGUUUCAGGGAGAUUUCGGUGUGGAAGUUCCCGAUGAGCCCAGCAUUGACUAUGUGAUGAUAAGCUUCAUCAAGGAGGUGGCUGUGGAAACUCAAAGGUUUGGGUUCGAUCCGGUCGGACAUGCGCCGGAUAUGCUCAAAAGGCUGGCUAAUAAUACUUCAGGUGAUUUUUGGGUUCUUUUUUCAGAGGAAUGGAACUUUAAAUGUCAACAUUAAGAUAGAGAAAAAGUUCAGGAAAAAUAAGAAUAACAAAAAAAUGUAUGUUUUUAAGAGAUAUCUUUUUAGUCAAGUCUUAGAGAAUUUCAUGAAAAUCCUGAAUAUUUUGAGAAAUGGGUACAAAAAAGAUCCAAAAACUGGUAUUGGUUUGAAAAUAAUUGAAUUUUGAUUUCAAUGAACCUUUUAUCGUUUUCUGCAACAAGAUGACCAUAGUGAAAACUUUUAGAAGAAACUUUUAAAUGAAAAAUUUAAUUUUUAGUUUGAUUUCGAGGUAUUUUAUGCAUUUCGCAGACAAAACUUGAAUUCAAGGCAAGAUUUUUUCAAUUUGCCCAGUUUAGACUCUGCCCUGCGCCUUUAAAAGUCAAUACAAGCUAAUAUUUUCAGCGUCAUGUUUCGCGCCAUAUUCCGAAGAGAAUUCGUUCAUCCCACGGCAACGGAUCAUGAUCGGCUACCUGCAAGGGACCAUCUUCACCGUCUAUUUCUACAAUUUCCACCCCAGUGCUAUCAAUUUCGUCCGAGGCGCCUUCAAUUAGUGGGAAUCGUCAAACUUUGAUCAAGAACUUGUGAAAUUGUAGCACUGGACUGUGGCACACGACACGAGCCAGGCUUCUCCGAGAGAUCGGGCUUCAUAAAGCCGGAAUUACCCAUUUGUCACCUCUUCAGGUAGUUUUGUUGUGGCAAGUGUGCCCCAUUGAUAAAUUUAGGUUUUAGAACACGGUAGGAUUUUUUGAAGAUCACACAGAAGUUAAAAUUGGGCUGUGAACUUGAAAAUAACUUUCAAAGUCUAUAACGAGCAAAAAUUUUCUAAUUAAACUGACCUUGGCUAUUUUCGAGGCUCAAGUGUGCUCUAUUGAUAAAAUUAGGUCGUGUACUGUAGGAUUUUUUGAGAAUGAAAGGGAAGAUAAAAUUGAGCUAUGAACUUCAAUAUAGCGUUCGAAGUCUAUAACGAGCAAGGCUUUCUCCAUUCAACUAAUCUUGGCUAUUUUUAAGGUCUCAAGUAUGCUCUGUUGAUAAUUUUAAACUUUAGAGGUCGGGUAAAUUUUUUUAAUCAUCAUAAUGAUAUUGAAACUAGGAUCAAACAUGAAAAUAACCCUUUAGACUGACUUCUACAACUUUUGCUGGUUUAGGCUCUUUUUGUAGCGUUUAGAACACUCUAUUGAUAAAUUCGGGUUACUGUAGGACUUUUUUAUGACCUUACUGUAAAAAUUUCUCUAUCAAUGAACUUGAGUUACUGUAGUUUUUGAGUACUAUAGGAAGGGGAAAAGAAGCUAUGACCAUAGGGAUUUCAGAAUGAGAAAAAUUUGGUCGAAUGUUAUUAAUUAAAACGGUCUUGGUCAUUUUUUUUGAGCUUGAAAAAUGUUUUUUUGAUAGUAACAGAUUUUCAGCCGACUCCCGAAAACGCCUACCAGACUUUGGUUUGGUUCGACCCGGCGCAACUCGUUUCAAAGGUUCAAAACGAACUUGUACGCUUUUUCAGAAAUGACUGGUUUCAGGAAUUCCCUCCGGACAACUUGACGAUCCCUGAAUUCGCCAAACUCCCACCGGAAUAUUCCAGACUACUGUUCAGAAUGUACAGACAGCCGCAUGAAAUUCGAACGAAGAAUUGUCGGAGAAAUGGUUAUUUUUUUAAAAUAUUAUUUAGAAAAAAAAAAAAAAGGAAAGCAGAAGAAAGUCAUAGAUCAACAGCCAGAGAAGAGACGCCAGAGAGGUCAGAGAACACCCUUUAUCUCUGGCGUCUCUAAAAGGCGGCUCAGUCUCUCGCUUCCGCUUCAUCUCUUUCCAUUUUUAUGAAAUCAGGGGAUGGAGUUAGCUGGAAUGAAAGAUCCAGAGAAGCCUGACGAGAGUCCAGAGAAAAACAAAGAGAUGUUUUUCUCUAGCGUCUCUUCAGACUGCUGCUAUCUUCCACUGUCUUCCGAUAAUAGAUGGAGUUAGUUGGAACGAGAGAUAUGUAGAAGUCUAAAGUGAGUCCAGAGAAAAAUAAUGGGAUGUUUUUCUCUAACGUCUCUCCAAACUGCCGCUAUCUCCCGCCCUCUUUCUAUAAUGGAUGGAGUUAGUUGGAACGAGAGAUCUGUAAAAAUAUUUUUCUCUUUUGUCUCUACAAGCUUUCAUGAUCUCUCGCUUUUGCUUCAUAUUUUACCUUCUUAUGAAAUCAGGGGACGGAGUUAGCUGGAAUGAGAGAUCUAUAGAAGCAUGAAGAGAGUUUAGAGAAAAAGAAAAGAUAUUUUUCUCUACAGUCUCUUCAGACUGCCGCUAUCUUUCGCUGUCUUCCAAUGAAACUUUUUUGAUUUUGAAAAUUGAUGAUAAUUUUUUCAGCAGUCGCCCGUCGUCUACCGAAGCGCUUCCAAGCCGAUGGAGAAUGUCUGAUGAAGAAGAAUUUCACUCAAAUGCUUUCUUUGAGGUGAAAUUUGACGUUUGAAGUGGUUUGAGAACCUUCAUAGCUGCAAAAGUGUGAGAAAAAAAUUGAGAGAAUCGAAAUUUUUUUAUAGGGAAAUUUGGAAAUCAUUGAAAAAAAUAAAGAAGAUUGUACGAAUUUAUGAGAUUUUUGUGACUUUUUUUCGAUAUUUUUCCAACUCUAAAAUAUAACUUUAACUGAUUCAAAACCGUCCAGAACUCGAUUUUUUACCAUUUCUUUCAGCAGGUAGCGAAAGUUUGCAUAUUUCCAGAGAGAAGCUCAAAAACCGACUGAAUUGCGUCCGCCAAGUCACUCUUCUACAUGACCGGCUCUCUAAAGGCGAGAAGGAUGUUACUGUAAGAGAAUACUGUAGAAAAAAAUAAACAAGAACGUCCCUACUCAGGAAGCCGAGUUCUUCCAAUUGCUCGGCAGCCGAAAAGAGAGAAGCGUCGUCGAAGGGGAGGAAGGGCGGAAACCGCAUCGAGGUCCGCGACGACGAGAGCGACCGGUGAAGAAGAUCAAAAGGGGCGUGGCCUUGGACGGCGUCAGUCGGAACGCGGCCCAACUUGUACACUACGUACACACGCCGGUCUUGUUCUUCCCGAGUUGGAGGAAGAAAAUCGCCGAGGUCGAGUUUUGGGUCGAAAUGUGAUCGGGAAAAAAAAACUUGGAAAGACUAUAGUGGCCUCUUAAGUGAUCUUACAAGACUACUUGGAGAGGACACUCAAGUGGUCAUUAAAACACCCCUCUAUAAAAGCCACUAUUUCGCUUAUUAGUGGUCACUUCAGUAGUUUGUAUGGUACAUCUGUGAAUAACUAUAGUGACCACUUAAGCGGUUCCUGUUUUCGGAGAGGUCACUAAAGUUGCCACUGAAACCACCUUUUUAGAAGCCACUACUCUGAGUCUUACUUAGACUUCCAAAAAGGUCACUAAACUUUAGCCACUUAAGUGACCACUAAUUCGACUACUAAAGUGGCCAUUAAAACUUCAAAACCCUUAAGUGGCCACUAAAAAUUGUUUCAGUACUUAUUUCGCGUCUUAGUAUUUACUAUAAUAGUUUUACUGAUCUAGUAGUACCACUAAGACUUCCAAAGAGGUCACUGAAAUUUAGUCACUUAAGUUACCACUAAUUCGACCAUUAAUGUGGCCACUGAAACGUCAGAACCCUUAAGUGGCCAAUAAAACUUCACGCAUUUAUUAUUUCCUGUUGGAGCACUCACGGAUUUUCAAUUUCGACACUUCUUCCAGAUCCGAGCCGGCUCAACCGGCCUCAUGUACCCUCCGUUGCCCACGGAAAACAUCCGAGAAGAGCCGGUCGUCGUGGCGCAAGAAGCCUUUGCGACGCGAUCCAAGAAGAUGUCUCAAGCGAGACCGCCACAGCCGCCGCCGCCGUCGAUGUCGCUCUUGAGGAAUCGCUCCAACACGGCCAGCACCAGGAAUCCGAGUACGACGAUGUCGCGCCACGUGUCGCGACAGACGACCCGCCCAUCGACAGAAGAUGAAGGCUUCUCGAUGGUUGGCGGUGGAAUGGCCAGCACUCAGGCUAAGGUGAACUGAUUUGCUAAGGAACCUCAAAAUAAAAUUAACCGAUCUGUGUUUCAAAUGACCUUGAAAUUCACCAAGAAGGUCUGAUAUAUCGAAAAAUGAUAGAACAUUUUCCACUGUAACGUAUUUCUCAAAAAUGUUGCAGUUUCUUCAGCACUGAAGUUUAUUUAUGCGCUAUAGUUUGACCACAUUUCGAAUGUCGUCGUUCAAGCUCCGCCCCUUAUUCGCAGAUCAAACCAAUCAGAGAGCGAGCCAUUCACAGAGCGUUGUUUUCUGCUUGACAUUCAAAAUCUAAAAUGACAAAUAUCCUAGCGCGAAUGUCGUUUUUAGUCGGGCGCAAACGCUUCGUCGUCGUGACGCGCCGCCUAUAGUUUGGUCAGGUUUUGAAUGUCAAGCCAUCGAUCAAGCUCCGCCCCUUAUUCGCAGAUCAAACCAAUCAGAGAGCGAGUCAUCCACAGAUCGUUUUCGGAUGACGUCAUUGACAUUCAAAAUCUGAACAGAAUAUACCGUUCCGGCGCGUUUUCGGAGUUUUCGAGAAGAUUUUGCGCUAAAAAAUUGGCAGCACCUAAACGAGAAGUUUUCCUAACUUCUAUAGGGACCACUUGAGCUUAGGGGCAGUGGGGUCAGACCCUAAACCCCUAUAGAGACCGCCUUGAUUUUACCUCUAAAGCGCCCACUUUUUCGGCACUCAAGAGGCUGUUUUUCCCACUAAACCCUAUAGGGACCACUUUUUAACUCCGAAGUUCGGCUCGUUCUUCCGCGCGUAGUCCAUUCAGUUAGACCUUGACGAGCUCGGAAUGUAGCGGAUAUUCUUGCUGAGCCCAGAGACCGUGUUCUAGGUGGAAGCCUCGUAUUAAGAGAGACCCUUUCGAGUGAAGACUUUACAAAAAGUUUCGACUUUUUCUCCUUUUUUAGCGGUUCCACCUUUUUUCAUAAGUUACCUUGGCCGUUUAUGAUCACAGAUUCGGAAUCAGCUCAAAAAAAUCACCUAGUGCGAAUCGGAUUUGUUGGGGCAUUUCUAGUGACCACUUUAGUAGCUUCAGCACUCUUAAGAGAUCCCUAGAAUUGCCCAGAAACGUCUGGAGCACGUCUGUUCCCCGUUAUCAAUCUCCACGUGAACACAUGAUCAUUUAGAAUUCCUUCAGAUAAUUUCCUGUCUCGGAAGGUCUUCUAAAAAUGUUUUUUGAAAGAUUGAAGCUUCCAAAAUAUGUCUAAAUAGCGAAAAGUUACUUUUUGCAGAUCAAAACCUUGUACAUUCUGGUCAACGACUACGCGAAAUACAUGGAAACGGAAGGGUUCAAAGUGCUGGAGGUCACGAAAAGAUCCAAACUGUUGGUAUUUAAAAGAAUUUAAUGAAAAAAUAUUCAAGAACCCUUGAUUUUUUCCAUUGAUUUUUUUUUUUAGCACUGAUCACCGAAAUUGGUUCAAAUUGACGAUGAAGCCCGGCUGCACCUACUCACCAUGGAUUGUGCUUUUCAAAGCCUCGCCAGGUUCAUUUUUCGAUUUCCAAACUUGGAAUUGAAAAAAGAAAAAUCGAUCUUUCAGGAGGUCUUCUCUUUGUGACGUUGACUUUUUCGGCCCCGUAUUUUUCGAUCCGUUUGUAUGAGCUGGAUCGUUCCCGUUUCGCGACGGCUGAUUAUUUUUUGGUAACUUUUGAUAAAUCUCCGUUUUAUGACCACAGAAUUGGACAUGAAAAAAAACUUGUUUUUUUCUGAAUCUUUUUAAAAAGUCAUUACUGUUUCAAAUGUUUUUUAAAUUUAGUAAAUAUUAUAUUGUAUAAUAAUAUGGCAGCUGUUCGAGAAAAAAAACCCACUCAGACAUUUUUCUUCAUGUUUCUGCGUCUCUCCAAACUGCUCUAUCUGGAAAAAUUUUUAUUGGCCACUAUAGAGGCUCGCCAAGGACUUCUUGGAGAGGACGCUAAAGUGGCCACUAUUUUCCGUUAUAGUGGCCACUUCAGUAGUUUUUUAUUUUUCAUCCAGUAUUCUUUCCAGUAACUCUGAUAAUUUUAAAACAAACACAUUGGACCAGUUAUGUUGAUCCAUUGACCCCUUAAGUGGCCACUAAAAAUUUUACUGGUCUAGUAGUAGCACUUAGACCUCUAUAGUGGCCCCUAAUUUUUAACCCCUUAAAUGGCCACUAAUUUGACUACUUAAGUGGCCACUAAAGUGUCAUAACCCUAUAGUGGCCACUAAACAUUUUCCCAGUAACCCAAUCUUGAAACUUUUUCAGCAAGACAAAAUGCUGGCCAACUUGAACCAAAGAGAAGAACUUGGCGAACUCGUACAGCAGUUUAAGGUAUACUGUACCUUUUUUUCAGCUGUGAUUAUAUUUUUUCCAGCUAUCCUGUCAUGCUCAUUCCUUCGCCUACGACUUCCAUCUGAGAGUCCUCAGCAAGCAUUUGGUCGGCAAGAGUACCGAGGAGGUAAUUUGGGAUAUAUUCCUAUAAAGCAAGGUCAUUUGCUUUUGGAGUUAGGAAGCUUCUGAAAAUUUGUCAGAAUAUCUCUUGAUGUACCAGAAAAUGGCUCUGAAAAUCUUGAUCUAUACAAAUUUUUAGUUUUCGAGGGCUCAAAGCCCAAAAAUGGCCUAUUUUAAUGAACCUUGAGGGCGCUUUUCGACUUAGAUUUGUCCUUUUUCACAUUUUCUUGAAGACAGAUGACCUUCCUUGUGAAGCUGUUUUUCUCAUUUUUCAUAAAACCUUAGUGUCAUGAGCUUUUCGAAAUGGAUUGAUUUGAAAAAUAACUGCUGCUUCUGAAUGAAUUUAUUUGGAAAAUUGUCCAUUUUCAGCCCCUUUUCUCGCCGCAUUUCAAUACGAUCGCCUUUUUGGGCGACUUCAUUGAGUACUACGGAUGCCGGCCGCUCAACACCAGGAACUGUGUUUAUGAAGGUGAAAAUAAUAAUAAAAGAAGGCUUUUAGAAAUUUUAGAAGUGAUGAUGUGGCCAUAGUUUCACAGAAGUAAAAUACGGUUUUAUUAGAUCGGACUCAGGAAAAAGCUUAUAGCUGAUUCAAGGCCACCGAAAAAAAAAAAUGGUUCUUCGAGCUGGGAAAAUUUUUGAAGUCACUGUAGAGGCUCACCAAGGACUACAUGGAGAGGACACUAAAGUGGCCACUAAAACCACACCUAAAGUGGCCAAUAAUUUGACUACUAUAGUGACCACUUAAACAUCAAAACCCUAAAGUGGUCACUAAUUUUCAACCCCUGAAGUGGCCACUAAUUUUACUACUAUAUUGGCCACUUAAACAUCAAAACCCUAUAGUAGCCUCUAACAAAUUUUCCCAGGACUUGGGGGAAAAAGAGAUAGUUUUUGGUUGGAGGAGAGCGCAGACAGGCCACGCCCCUUUGCGUCUCUAGGUGGCUUUGAACUGAGUAUAAAUUUUGUACAAUGUAUAUUUAUUUGAGGUUAGAAAAAGAAAAUUGUUACGGAGGUAAUGAUUUAAAAUACAAUACAGGACAGUUUGAGAAUCAAAAUAAUUUUUUCCAAACGCAAUUUGUCCCAGCUAGUUGUUCUUGAUGAACGUUGGAACAGUUACAAAUAUUCCAGAAGUUGACCCAAUUUUUCCAGAACGAGUCGAACAGCCCCUGGACCAAUCGGUGACCGGUGACGACCUCUGGACGCACCUUUUACAUCGCCAUCCCGAGCUGAACUUUACCGGCGUUUUCAAGCUGAAGGUGCUCAAAUUAUGUUCCAGAACGCGACCAAAAAGUUGACCGAAGCCGUCAAAAAAUUAACUUUUUCGUACGAAUCCAUCAAAACUUACAGAAAAUCGAAACUAUCAAAAAGCCCAAAGAACCGUUCGAGUACAUGCUUGUGGCUUACACGCAAAAAAGCCAAGUUUGCCGGAUUUCGUUCUUUUUUUCUUCUCUCACUGUGACCGUCGUUUGCUUGGAACUCAUCAAUUUUAACAUUUAACUGGGAGAAACCCUAGUGGUCACUUAGGUGGUUCCUCAAGAGUACUUGGAAAAGACACUAAAGUCGUCACUUAAACUGUUCUACAUUCCCCGCAUUAGUGGCCACUUUAGUGGUCAAGUAGUACCAAUUAGACUUUAAAAAAAACCACUAUUAUUCAGCCACUUGAGUGGUUGCUAAUCCGACUACUAUAGUGGCCACUUAUACUUUAAAACCCCAAUGUGGCCACUCAAACUUUCCCCAGUACUUAUUUUGCGUCUUAGGGAUCACUUCAGUAGUUUUAGUGGUCAAGUGUACUACUCAGACUUCUAAAGAGGCCAGUACAUCUUAGCCACUUAAGCGGCAAUUAAUCCGAUCCCCAUAGUGACCACUGAAACGUCAAAACCCUAAAGUAGCCACUUAAAACUUCCCUCAGUCAUGUUUUGGUCCCUUUUCACCGUUCAAUAUGUCGCUUUGUCUGCUUUUUUUCAGCCGCGAGCGUGUUUUUUAAUUAAUUUUUUGGUGAUGUUCUAGAAAUUUAUUCAGAAAAUUGAAAAAAAUUAUUUUUUUAGCUUACCCUUAACAGCUUUUUUGUGUGUCGAUUCUUGUGGGUGUUUUGAAAAUAUGAUUUUUAAAAAAAGAGGAAAAAGGUAUAUUUCUUCAGCGCCGUGACAUUCUCCGAGUGGUUCUCUAUGAAAAAACGGACCGAGUUUUGAAUCAGCCGGAGCCGCAAAUCAAGCUCUUGUUCUUCACGAUGUUUGUCGAUAAUAGCAAUGGUAAGAGAGUGAUUUUAUGAAAAAAAUAGGUACGGAAGUUCAAAAAAAGACAGGUUUUUGAAAAGAACGUUUUUGUAAAGGUGUAACGGAAAAAAAAAUUCAAAGUUGAUCCACAAAAAUUCAUGAUCCGAAUCAAAAUGCUCAAAAUCGGGUAAAAACGACUGUUCUGAACUUUUCAGCGUGUCCGCCUCCAUAUAAGGGAAUGAUAAAACUUCAAGGUUCCAAAAAAGAUCCCUUUAUGAAGAGUUUUCUCUUCUAAAUUUUUUACCAAUUCACAGACUUUAUGAAGAGUUUUCUCUUUUAAAUUUCUACUUUAUUCAAGCUUCAAAAACUGUCCUUCAGUCCUUCCACUCAUCGAAGAUUGGAUCCCGACCGGCAAAAAACGCAAAAGAGGCCGCCGUCGGAUCAUGCACCUGGUCGGUGGCGCGUUCCGUCAUGUCAACGAAUCGGACGACGAGAGUCUGAGCCCGGAAGACGUGUCUGAAUCGACGCCGACCAGGGAGGUCGAGUCCGAGAGCUUCGACGACGCCGGCUCCGAAGGAAGCAUGACCACCGUCCUUUUUGUGGACGACGAGGAGGAGAGGAGUCGGCUGAUGAGCAUGAUUCGGUAAGUUCAAUCAGAAGUUUUACAGUGAACUUAUCUCCGAAAAGUUUGAAAGAACCCCAAAUUUUAUAGACUGAGCGGAGGCAAAGGCGUCGACCCGGAAACUGGCUUGACAGUAGCGACGAACUUGUUCGGAUACCAGAACGUUGAGGUCGAUACAACCAACUUUGACGUUCCAACGACCUCGUCCAUGUCUGCUUCAUCCGUGAGGAAGAGGUCUAGCGACAGCCUCCUCCGAGGACAAGCUCCACCAGCGCCGCCUUUCCUCCGUCUUCGGACCAGAGCCUCAAGGAACCUACCACCGCUCCCGAUUCCCCCGAGAAGGCCUCUGGACGAUGAUGAACUUUCAACUUCGCCAACCGCUUCAACUCCCAUCACUGCCAUUCCGGCCGCACUUUACAAAGUCCGCUUCCCAGAUGAAUCGACACCUUCACAGGCCUCACCACCUCCCCCUAACGAGUUCCCCUUCCCGAUCCCAUUGCCCCUCGAAGACUGGGACCUGCCCGUCGGACCUGACUACGUUAGCCCGACUCCUCGGGAAGUCUCCAUGCCGAUUCCAAUGCCGAUCGCAGAACAUAUCAAUCCGAAAGACUUCCCCGAGUGCUCGUCCUCGUCCGCAUCGUUAGUUUGGAGAGGGACUGAACUUGAAAAGGGAAGAAUUCAGGAUGAGAAGACGUUAUGCGAGUGGCAAGACGUGGCAGGAGCUGCAGCAGCCGCCGAAACCGCCUGCUCAGACUAGUUUUGGUAGGCUUUUGAGAAAAAGGAUUAUCUAAUCAGCGUCGAUAGGAUCUUUAGUAGCUUCAUAACAAUUUUAGAAAAGGUAAAGAUUUUCUAUAGGUUCUCUGAAAGCGAUUCUGUGACAGGUUCGAAAGAAAAAAUUGGGUCAUUACUUUUUUUUCAACAAAGUUAUCAGAAAGUUCCAAAAAUGACAUCAUUUUCAUCAAAUUUGCAGAUGCCGAAGAAAUCCUGAACGCCGAAGAAGCUCUGGACACGCUGGACGAGAACGAACCCUUCCCUUUCCAAAGAGGAGCGGCACAAGACUCGAUCAGCUCUUUGCGACGUCAUCGGAAGCCCCCUCCGCCACCGCCCCCUCCGACGACGACGACGACACCCGCGACGACGUCCGAAGAAGCCAUUCCGGAUGAAUCCAUCACCUACAUACAAUACCAGAGCUCCCGGCAGCGUUCUGUUCAAAGAGUCUGACGGAUCUGCCACCUGGAGAUGUUCAAAAACUUUUUAGGAGCUGGAAGACGUCACGACUCAAUAUCGACAUCAUCUGAAGCGAAUCAUUGCCGAUGGACAGGUUCAGUGCAGGACGGACCAGCUUUGGAACAAAGUACAGCUUUUUCUGGACUCUUGAUAAGGAUUCACUGAAGUCAAUGAAAAAAAUGAAGAUCCCUGCAGAGUUUAAAGGCGCAGAUGAGGUCUUAACGCGAAAUUUUUGUAGGAUAUUUAUUCGAAUUCUUUCCAAGCAUCAACUAGAAAGCAUCAAUGGAUCGAAUAUAAUUUUAAAAAGGGUACUGAAUUCAAAACAAUUCCAGGCCAAGGAGAUGCCGACACCAAGAGAGAUCAAGCCGGAAUCGACCCUCGCAAGGAUUUUCAGCGCUUUUAGGUACCGUAUCCUGGAUUACUGUACUUUUUAGAGUAUGCAUUUUCGCUUUGAAACUACCUGAGAUGUAAUUGGUGUAGGAAACUCACAAAAAGGCUAGAAGCUUAGAAAUUCUUAGACCACCUUUGGAAAAUUUUUCAGGGCCUUAGAAAUUUUUGAAGGCUACUGAUAUAUUUCAAAAAGACCUCUAAAAGUUUAAAAUAAGUGUUGAGUUUUGACGGAACUUUUAAAAGUUAAAAUUACCAUUAGAAGUUUUAGAAAAACUAAAAGUAGAAAGCUACGGAAGACUAAAGAAAUACAGAAAUUUUUUGGAGGCUCUGGGAAUUCCAAAAACUUUUAAUGUGUUCUAAAAAAUUUUUGGACCUUGAUAACGUGAACCGGACGAGUCAGGGCAUUUCUAGGGACCCCUUUAGUAGCGUUAGUACUCUUAAAUGAUCCCUAGAAUCGCUCAGAAAAAAAAAACUAAAGGAUUUUGAAAAAAUAUGUAUAUGCCAGCUAUUUUUUCAGACAGAAGACAACGGAUCCUUAUGAAGACGUCCGCUGCGUUCAGAACUUCUCCCUGACUGCCCAAGAAAUGACGGCGUUGCUGAUGAUGGUCCGACUGAAGCCGUUGAAAGAUUACGCCGAUAGGUUCUGAUAAUCUUGACGUCUUCCGAAUUUUAGAGGAAAAUAUUCAGAGCGGAUAAGGUUUUGGAAAAGAUGGGAUCGGCUAGACUUUGCCGCUUCUUGCUCUUGAGAUUCGGCGCGUCGCGAUGUCGCUUCUUCGAUUUUCCGAAGGUCGCGAGAAAGGUAAAAAGCAAGAUAUGCAACUUCGGAAUGGCUCGCAGCGUCGCUGUUGCGCCCGACAUUGGGCGGUUUUCCUCAUGUGUUUUAGGAUGCCCCUGAGCGAGAGCAGUUUGUGUGUCGGCCUCGGUGCUUUCAAAAGUGAGGAUGAAUAUUUUAAAGUUGCGCCCGACCUUGAGCGACUUCUCUCCUGUGUUUUAGGAUGCCCCUGAGCGAGAGUAGUUUGUGUGUCGGCCUCGGUGCUUUCAAAUAUAAGGAUAAAUAGUUCGAAGCUGCGUCCGACCUUGAGCGACUUCUUUUAUGUGUAUUAGGAUGCCCCUGAGCGAGAGUAGUUCUUAGUCGGCGGCGCUGAAGGCAGCACCUUAGUUUUAUGCAAUGUGGCAUUUUGAAGCAUAGGUGGAGUAAAAGUGAAAAUUAUGGGAAACCUAUGGGAAAAAGGUAACCGCGAAGCAACCGCGACGCGUCGAGCCAUUCUCGUAAAAAGGCCUUUUCCAAAAACUUGACCUGUCAUUCCAGUACAUGAUGGUGAUCAACGACGAGGAUCCGAACUUGGUCUUCUUCCUUUACGCCGACGGAGCCGAGGCCCCAACUUUGUGGGCCGCUUUCAAAGAAGAUCCCGAAGCUGGCGAGGCGAUGCCGAUGACUGAAUUUCAGUAGGCUUUUUUCAAGAUUUUAGAGUUUUCGGAGCUUUGAGAGUUCGUUAUGAGCUUUUCCGAGGCCUCUAGCAAAAACAGCCGGCCUGAUCUAAAGAGUGCAAAUUUUCGUCGAAUCAAAAAUCAGACCUUUUUUAAGACCAAAAUCAUAUUUUAGUUGAUUUUUCAACUUGAAAUUCAACAGAAACCAUCUUUUAACUCAAGUAAAAAGAUUUUCUCGGAGUUUCAAAAUUCUAUUUGAAGCCUGGGGGACCAAUUCUUCCUCUGUCGCACGGUUUCAAAGCGUGACGUCAUAGCGAAAAAAACAGCUAAUUUUGGAAGCAACAGUGACGUCACUAUUGAGCGAAAAUGACGUCAUGUGACGUCAAAAAUCACUCACGGAGCUGUGCGCUGCCAUUUGAGGAAGGUGCGACAUGACGUCAAUAUUAAAUUCAACCGCUGCCCAUGUAUGAACCUGGCCCAAGCCCGCCCGGGCUUCUUCCUAGAAUAAUGAGGCCUAAAGUCGCACAGCCUAACUCACAAGCUUCAUCGGAGCUUUCUAGAGAAAAUUAGAAAAAAUUUCAAUUCCAGAAAACAGCGAUGGACAAAGGCCGUGAAGGAACUGUGCACUUGUGUGGUCGGCUUCGUCUGGAGCGACCUCAUCCUUCAUCCCUUCAGCACGACCAAUGAAAACGAAACCUCGAAUCCGCCCAAGUUUGAGUACUCCCCGCCGUCUCCUCAGACCUGA